GGCCGGGCGGAUGUCUCCGGCGCGUCCGUGCAGGGGGAUGAGGGCCGCGGUGGCUGCCAGCGUGGGGUUGAGCGAGGGGCCGGCGGGCUCCGCCCGUAGGGGCCGCCUCCUCCGCCCGCCGAGCCCCGCUCCGGCGGCGCCGGGGGCCCGGCUGUUGCGGCUCCCGGGGAGCGGGGCCGUGCGGGCCGCAAACCCGGAGCGCGCCGGCUGGACCGAGGCGCUGCGGGCCGCCGUGGCCGAGCUGCGCGCCGGCGCCGUGGUGGCCGUCCCCACGGACACGCUGUACGGCCUGGCCUGUUCGGCGAGCUGCUCGGCGGCACUGGGCGCUGUGUACCGCCUCAAGGGCCGCAGCGAGGCCAAGCCGCUGGCCGUCUGCCUGGGCCGCGUGGCCGACGUCUACAGGUCUGGCUACCAUCUAGAGUGGGACCAGCAGCGACCCUUCAUUCUUGGAUGGAUUUGUGCCCUGUUUUCCAGGUACUGCCAUGUGAGGGUACCUGAGGGACUCCUGAAAGACUUACUACCAGGACCAGUGACCCUGGUGUUGGAACGCUCGAAGGAGCUCAAUAAGGACCUGAACCCCUUUACUCCUCUUGUAGGCAUCCGGAUUCCUGACCAUGCCUUCAUACAGGAUUUGGUCCAGGUGUUCGGGGGACCACUCGCUCUCACCAGUGCCAACCUUAGCUCCCAGGCCAGUUCUCUGAAUGUCGAGGAGUUCCAGGACCUCUGGCCUCAGUUGUCCCUGGUCAUUGAUGGGGGACCAAUUGGGGACGGCCAGAGCUCCGAGUAUCGCCUGGGCUCAACUGUGGUUGAUUUGUCUGUACCUGGAAAGUUUGGCAUCCUUCGUCCAGGCUGUGCCCUGGAGAGUACCACAGCCAUCCUCCAGCAGAAGUACGGGCUGCUCCCCUCGCACUGAUCCUGCUUCUGCAUCUCAGGAAGAGGGGAGGGCCUGAGGACUGGUGCUGGACACUGUGUGUCUGUCCGCUGGGGACUGGCAAGGCCUCAUUGACAGAGGCCACUGGGGCUGCGACGUCACUAGUCUGACUCUUUAAGGCACUGCGUCUUUCUGAACACUGUAGAACAAGCCCCAGAAGCUGCUGGUUUCGUCUCACACCUGGUGGGGAGGUCAUAUUUAUUAUCUGUAAUUUCAAAUAUCAGCCAAAAGGUGACGUGGAGACUUUGAGAACAUUCCUAGGAUGGCCUUGUUCUAGUAAGUUUCUUUUUCAAAAAUCUUUUCUGAAAAAUAAUUUGAGGAACAGAUUUAGAAUCCAGUUGGAGCCCCCCUGUCUGGCGGGUAGUGGCAUUUAAGGUCCAAAUCAGCCCCAGAGCACCAGCUGGUGCUGUUUAAAAGUCUCCAAGUGGCCAAAGGCGUGUACUUAGGCACCUGAAGCUGGAACCACAGUAGGAUAAAGACUGUCGAGCCACAGGCCCAACACUAUUUUCUCUGAACUGGAGAGGCUGGUGGUGUGGUGUGCCGGAAGGCCUGGUGGAGAGAAGUCAGCAUUUUGGACUAAUGGUGAGAAGUGAGCUCCGUUGGCAAGGGGCGGGGGUAGGGAAGUCCAAAUCAAAGAAUACUGGAAAACAAAUCUCCACUAUUCUUUUCAGCUAGUAGCUUUUUUCUUAUUUAGUCGUAAAAUAAAUUAUAAUGAGUUAUGCCUGUAAUACCUUUAUUUGAAUCCAGUGUGUACUCAAAGCCUUUAUUCAUAUGUAUACCAAAUGUUAAACAGAAUUAUUCUUGACUAUUUAAACCUUGUUUUUCUUUAAUAAGAAAUGUUUUGUAAAUAGUU